CGAUGAGAGACCGACACGAACAAAAUACCUCAAAGUCAAAGCAAGCUCAUGCCAAACUGGACAUGGACUUGUUCGGAAGAAUCCCGCUGAGCAACGAGGAAUCGCUUGAGAUCGCCUUGAGCGUUCUCGAUAGUUUCCUCGAUAAUCCAGUGGUUGUCACUGACUCGGUCAUCCACGAUCUUCUUGAAUUUUCCGGUUUGUUUGAAUUUAUCAUCUCGGUUGCGAGCGAAACUACGGCACUCCUGUUGAGCAGCAGCAUUGUCAGCAACUUCCCGGAUAACGCUCACGAUUUCUCUAAAUCGCUCGCGCGAGCACUGCUAGAUCGGUUUUCUCUAUUCCUUUUAUUCCUGCCGUAUCCGUAUUCUGCUGAUGAGGUCGAGAAUUUGCGAGAUCGUAGACAUUCCAUUGAGCUCGCGUAUCCCGUUCUCCAGGCCCUCAGCUCGCACUCGUUCGCUACCGCAGACAUUGAUGCGAAUGAAGCAGAGGUUACGAAGGAAAGGUCGCAAUCCGCGAAGCAGGGAAAAUUCAAGUCGCAGCGUUCACAGAAGAAAAUGAGGAGAGCACAAUUCCAUGCAACGAUUGACUCAUUGCCGUUCAUGAACUUCGGCGCUGAGGUACCUACCAACAAAGCCGACGCGGACCAGCUAGCGUCUGAGAUCCUUGUCAAUCAGAAAAAGCUACUCCAGUAUUUUUUGGAAACGUUACGGUCUAUUCAUUUGAAGGAGGCAAUCCGGAGAACAUAUGUUUGCGAGCCACACGAGAACAAGCCCGAAACUUCCGUGCAAAAUACACGUCGCACCGAAAUUCUGUCGACGGUGGAAGCUGUCGGCGAUAGUACGGCGGCUGCCUAUCCCAUGGUGCAGCCCAUGAAGGCAGCCCUGUACUUCGACAGCGCCGAUGGACUCGGCGAAUGGAGAAUACUUAUAUCAACCCGCGCAGAUAGCGACCUACGUCAAAUGCGAAAGAAGAACUCUGCGCUGUUCAAAAUCGUUCUGAAGAAGAUUAAGGAGCUGUCCAAUGGGCACUUCUCUGAUGACAACCAGAAGCAACUCACUGGUCCUGACUCGGAGAUCCCCAUCUUUGAGGCGAAAAUGACACGCGACUCCCGUCUUGUCUACCACAUCGAUUGUGUUCCCGAGUUCGAGAGUGACAUUUUCGGGAUCUACACGCAUGCACAGUUGGAUAGACGGCUCUGGGAUGGCGUGGGCCACCAGCUCGGGCGAAAGGGAAAGGAGUACAAGCGCCGAUGUGCCUUCCGCAAUAGGCCACGAAAGGUGGGAGACAAUGUGAAUGUUGUCCUUCCCGCCACGUUCCCGGCUUCAGAAGAGCUUCCCACUGUCACUUCGUCAACAGGAUUGCCAGAUCUGCACAAAGACGAUUUAGAAAAGCUUCAUGAAAUACUCGUACUGGAGAAAUACGUGAUAUUUUCUCAGGCACUACUGAACAGUAUCAUUGCCGAUCAAGACGUUGCUCAUGUUUUCGAUGUUUCUCCUCAAGAAAAGCGAAUCAUUGAACAUACCGGUUCUUGUUACGUCCUUGGUAGGAGCGGUACCGGAAAAACUACAACGAUGUUGUUCAAGAUGCUUGGUAUCGAACGAACAUGGCCUACAUUCGAAGGCGCGCUGCCGAGACCUCGGCAACUUUUCGUCACUCAGUCACGCGUGUUGGCCGAGAAAGUCAGCGAGUUCUUCGCGAAAUUAUAUGAGUCACUGUCAAGUGCGGACAAAUCUCUCGCGGAGCUCAGGCAAUUAGCCGCAAUCCGACGUGCACAACAUGAACGAGGAUUGGUCGAUCUUGAUGAGGAGGAUGACUGGCAAGGAAAUCUGCCGAAGCGCUUUGGAGAGGUGCAAGAGGAGCAUUUCCCUCUGUUCCUGACCUUUGAUCAGCUCUGUCGUCUUCUGGAAGCCGAGUUCAGUCACGCUACGUCAUUUAAGGACGGUCGAAACGCACUAUCAAACGACCUUACUGGCGCUGAUGUCGAGGAGCCCCUGUCAAAUGAUUACAUGCGACGGCGUCGUUCUUCUUUCGUUUCAUAUGGCAUAUUCCUGGACUGCUACUGGCCGCAUUUUCCCCAGCAAUUGACGAAGAGCUUAGAUCCUGCUUUAGUUUUCGGCGAAAUCAUGGGUGUCAUCAAGGGGUCGGAACGGACGUUGGAAAGCAGCACUGGUUAUCUCGAUCAAGAUACAUAUCUCAAGCUCAGCCAUCGUACGCAGGCGACAUUUGCGAAUCAAAGAGAAGCAUUGUACAAGUUGUUCUUAGCUUACUUGAAGCGCAAGCGUGAGCGACGAGAGUAUGAUGCUGCAGACCGGACGCGCUUCAUCCUGGACAGCUUACGUACUCAAGGCGUUCCUGGGGGGUAUAUGGACUUCAUCUAUAUCGAUGAGGCACAGGAUAACUUGCUCAUUGAUGCAUUAGUCUUGAGGACGAUUUGUCGAAACCCGGAUAACGGUUUGUUCUGGGCAGGAGAUACCGCGCAAACCAUUUCUAUCGGAAGCAAUUUUAGGUUCGAUGAUCUCAAAGCCUUCCUUUACCGAGUGGAGGCGACGUCAACGGCGCGAAAGCAACAGCCACAAUCAUUCCAACUGGCCGUCAACUAUCGCUCACACGCUGGGAUAGUAGACUGCGCGCGUUCUGUCGUCCAGCUGAUCACUACUUUCUGGCCCUAUGCCAUCGACAAUCUUGUCGAGGAGCAAGGAAUCGUUGAAGGUCGGAGGCCCGUCUUCCUCAGUGGUUGGGAUCAGGAUUCUGUUCAGUAUGAGCAAUUCCUCUUCGGGGAAUCAGGUAGCCAGAUAGAAUUUGGCGCGCAGCAAUGCAUCUUGGUUCGCGACGAUUCUGCACGUAACAAACUGAGAGAAAAAGUAGGAGAUAUAGGUCUAAUCUUAACGGUCUAUGAAAGCAAGGGUCUCGAAUUCAAUGAUGUCUUGUUGUACAACUUUUUCGCUGAUUCAACGGUUGACCUUGCGCAAUGGCGAGUGAUCUUCAACGCUUUGCCUGACAAGGAGAAGAUCAAGUACAAAGCGCCUCAAUUUGAUGACGCACGCCACAACGGCCUGUGUCGGGACCUCAAAUCUCUAUAUGUCGCUAUCACCAGAGCGCGACAGAAUCUCUGGAUUGCGGACAGCUCAGAAAAGAGUGAACCCAUGAAAGUACUUUGGACUCAAAGGAAUCAAAUCCAGGGCUACACGCCAGGUUCUGAUGUUCCCCGUCUUGCCACGUCUUCUAAGUGUGAGGAAUGGGCUGCAAUGGGGUUAAACCUAUUCAAUCACCGACGUUAUAUGCAAGCCAUGCAUUGCUAUGAACGCGCGGGCAUGCCCAGGGAGAAGGGCGUCGCCAAUGCAUACUACCUGAGAGAGCAAGCCAGAUCGAUCCCAAGUCCCACGCGAGGAGGUCAUACUCAGCGUGCAGAAGCUUUCCGUAUUGCAGCUGUUGCCUUCUUGACUUCCGCGGAGAGUACCACAAAGAAAGGGGAACAUCGCACGUAUCUGCUGAGAGCUGCAGAGUGUUACUCACUUAGUGGAAACGAAGGAAAAGCCGCUGACAUAUAUUUGGACGCAGCUGAGUACACGCUCUCUGCACGACACUAUCGUAAAGCAGGCAAGUUUGAUGAAGCUGUGUGCGUCAUCAAAGAUCAUCGGGACGUCAUGGACGCAGACGUUGUAGAUAGCAUCAUUGAUGUCUCACGUUUGGAGUAUCUGCGUGCCCGCAAACUGAAGAAGGCCAUGGAACUGUUCGAAUCGGACACGGAGGCGCUUGAAUAUAUGGACGACUACAAUAUGGACGUCGCUCGUGCAACCACGUUGGAGAACCUGGGAAGAUUCUCAGAAGCCGCUGAGCUGCACAGGCAGGAAGGCCGCACAGUGGAUUCUAUCCGACUGUUUCUUGCGGAUAAGGAAAGUCCAAACGCUCUUCAACAUGCAUCUCAGUCUCUUCUGGAUGGCUUAUGGCGAUGUUUAUCUCUCGGUGUUACCCAAAGCUAUGCGAAGGACGACUACAUUCUGUCGCAACUCAUCUCGAUCAUGCACACUUUGAACACGUCUCCUCUUGACGACAAGACCCGAGAUGAGAUAUCCAUGUUUCGUGCUAUCGACUCCCGAGAUACAAAUGCUCUGAUGCAACUCGGCGAGCGUUUCCAUCGAUCGCAUGAAGAUAAUGCUGCGGCGCUCAUGUGCUUAGACCAUGCCUUCUCCAAUCUACCGGAGAUUCAAUAUGCCACGCUACACGAGGUUGCGGAGAGCCUUCAGAGCUUUCUGCUAUACGUCAGCUUGCUGCAACAGUAUAUCUCUGAUGCGCAGCCAUUCAACAAUGCGGACAUCAGAAAACUCUUUGGCUUCAAUCCAACGGCAGAGGAAUUGAUCAUAAAGGAUACCAUGCUCUACGAGCGGUACAAGAGCAGUCCGACCCACAUGACUGAUAAAGAGACAGUCGAUCCCCAAUGGGAGCUGAACGAGCUUGUGCGCGGAGUCCUCCAAGAACGCUUACGCGAUAGGGUGUCACGCGAGAACGAACUGUGUCGCACAAUACGGGCCUUGCAGCCCUGUCUGAUCCAUAGCGCGUCUGGCCGUUGUAACAGGCGUUCUGAUUGUCCCCGAGAGCACCCGGACAUGGCGUCGUACAAUAUUGAUGCUUACAAUCUGCGCAUCCGCAUCUACCUGCAGCAAGUUCUCAUAUAUAAGACCAUGUAUGCUGUGGAGCUUCGUGAUGAUCAGGAAAAAUAUCAGCAGGAAAAAGUACAUUCCUAUUGGCUUCGUAAGCUACACGAAGCUCUGCAUCCUCCAUUUUAUACAUUGGGCACGCUGCAAAACCUUCGAAGUAACAUGAUCCCUGAAUUCAAGGAAGGCAUGCAGAUCGCUAGCUGGUGGGCAAUCGACUGGCUUUACCGCUUUGAUCGAUUUGGCCGUGUGGACUUCAAUCCGACCUUUUUGACUGUCCUGAUGAGAGCCUUCUCACUAGCCCGCAUGUGGGAUCCCAAUUUAGCCUUCUUCCAUGCGCAUCGUUCCCGUGCAGUCGCCACAUACCAACCCCCGCCGCCUCUGAUGAGGCUUGAAGGAAGCCAUCAAGUAUACGUGGUUCAUGAUAUCUUGGCGUUCACGAAGAAUGACUCGGUCUCAUCUCUCGACCGAGGGAUCCAGUUCAUCUAUCAUGUUUUGGCUCAUCGACGGGCCAUAGAUGUCGGGGUUCUCUGCAAUUUCCUGGACUCACUCUGCGGGAUGUUAAUCGUCUCCAUUUGGCCUCGGCGGGGUAAUCUGCAUGGCUUAACUCUUCCCCGUAGCUGGCUGAUACACUUGCUUCCAAAUGUCGAGAGGCUACACAAGCGCAAAGUGAAUAAAAUACAUCUGUACAUCAAACCCAUGGCGGACGUUUUGGAGCAGAUGUAUACAGGUGUCGGUGCAGAUUAUCUGUUGCAUGGAAACCGCACUUUAUCUACGCUUCCAUACCAAGUCAGGGCCGUGUUCAUUGCAAGAAUCUGCAGAAACAUAUGCCUACUGGGCUAUAACAUUCGUGACGACAAGAUGAGAACGACAAUUUUGAAUACUGUAACAUCUAUCUACAAGUCCAAUCGAAACUUCGACCGUAUCUAUGCUCAGUAUGUUACUGCGCGGUCAUGGUCUCACGUCGCGAGUGCCGUCCGCCGAUCGACCGUGGGUUCUUGGAUGGACGAAAUGAUACAAUUGCAUGAGUCAAGCAGAAUGCCGCCCCCUAUCGUUGAGCCUUCUAAUGUGCGGCGGGUGGUUUAUUGCUCGCUUGCAGAUGUACCUGCUUUGAUCAAUUCUGGCAUGCCGUCCGCACCGAAAAGUGCUUUGCGAGCUGAAGCUGCACCUUUCAUCCCUGCUCCUCCCGUGCGCUUCGAAGAACACGAAUCCUCGGGGACGACAGAUGAUGGGUUGGAGCCCGAAGUUGAUGAGGAGGAAGAUGUUGACGUGGGCGAUGACGAGCCACAGACCUUCUAUACCGAACUUGAAGAUCUUACUCUGCAUAACGACGCCGACGAUCCCGAUCAGAUUGCGAUGGCUCCCGCCGCGCUAUCCGGAGCGGAGCUAAGGGCUGCCUUCGUUAUCCUGUCAGCGUACCGCAGCUACGUGCGGCGGCACCGCCUUUCGGGAAGGGCUCCGAGUCAAACGCAGGCGAUGAGGCGCCGUAAGGUUGCUGCUUGCCACGAAGUUUCAACGACGAUCAAUUGGCGAGACGAGGACAAGCACUACAAGAUGCUGUUCUUGGGACCUCUUCCCCACCUUCUUUUGUGUCUCGAGUGCACCUACAAGCACCUUCAACAGUCGAAGAAGCAGGCCUUGAAGCAGUUGGAUACUGCAGUGCAUCAAGAGCUGGAGGAUGUGCAAGCUAUACUGACGAAGAGAAUACGACUUGUGAAAGAGGCUGUGGGGCUGCGAAAGGCUCUCGAGCCUCGAUCGCAGCUGCAUGUGCGAAGGGAUCUUGACGCACUCAAAGCUCACGCUUUGAAGGUCGAGGAACUCAUAGGUUCCCUACUGUCCGAAGACACAACCGAAUGGCAAGGUGACCUCAAGAUCGCUAUCAAAGGCAUUUGUGCGUCACGUCUGCGAAGUAGAAGCCUGAGUUGAACGUGGAGGAUGUCGACGGCGUGGUGAAUUACCGCAGUGGUUGAGCAAUUCUUCUUUCGCUUGCUUGCCUCCGUCGCACUUCGAUACGAGCCUAUUGUUCAAGGAUAACUUUCUUGAAUUCGUUGCUGACCUGAUUUGUCAACUUGAGUGUCGUAGGGAAGGGGUGUGUGCAUAUAUGUGACAGGUAACAGGACAAACCCGUCGCACGCGCACUGGCUGGCAGUACCGUCACUGUUCGUACUAGGCUGACUCCAUCGCAUGUCAGCUGCUGGAAUGCUUAAACGGCCACAGCUAGUAUACAGUCAUCGAUUAUAUAUUUAAGAGCCCUGAC